UCAAGAAUCCAAUUUGCAGAUGCAAAUCAUCAAAAUUGUACUACUUGUCGUAGCUGCAGAGUUCGCGGUUUUUGCUGGUAUUCAAGCGGAUCCGGUUCGCGACAUUUAUGGUAAUGUGUCAGGUGACGUUAUAGAUAAUUCAGUAAACAUACACAUUCACAAUUCCGGUAAUAACUGUAAGGGAUUGGAUGAUAUGAUCGAUUCUGGCAGUGUUUGUACAAUCAUCAAUCGUAAAUGGAGUGAAUAUUUAUAUCCGGUGCAAGGAGCGAAUUAUGACUGCGAACGACGACAGAUAUUCACUUGGAUACCCGGUGGAUGUGACAGCCAAUGCAAUUGGAAAAUUGAAAGGUCGGGCAAUAAAUUUCGAUUGAAAAGUUUGCACUUUGACGAAUAUUUGUAUGCAGUCGUUGACAGCAUGAAAUAUGAUAAGCAAAGACGUAAUACGUUCAGUUGGAUACCCAGAAGUGCUUGCGACAACGACCAGUGUUAUUGGAAAAUUGAAUUACUAUCAGACGACUGCAGUAAAUAUGUUACAAUUAAGAAUGUUGCCUACAAUGAAUAUUUGUAUGCAGCCGAUGGAUUAAACUAUGAUAAAGAUCGACGAAGAGUAUUUACUUGGACUGAUCACUAUAAUGUGGCAAAUGAUCAGGCAAGUCAUUGGGAAAUUAAAUGUUAAAUUGAAAGGGAUGAAAGUAAAUAAAAUUUCUUUGUACAAGCUAAAAUAAAA